GUUUAACCUGCAUGACCCGCCGAAGAGCUCUAUUUUGGACGCUCAGGUGGAGGCUUUCUUGGAAGGGGGGCCGAGGAGCGUGAAGGAUUACAUCACUGAAUACAAGAUGGCCGCCCUCGGCUUCGUGAGGUACUAUGUCUAUGGUGACAAGGAGGAUGACCUCCAACUCUGGCCGAGGAUGACCACCACCUUUGAGGAGGCCGACGGCCCGGACUUGGGCAUUCCUGCUGAGGCCGAUGAUUUUGUCAUGGACCGUCGUUCCAUGAUGGCUAUUGCCAAGGCCAAAGCGGCCAAGGAGAUUGCUGCUAAGGCGGCCGAGGCGGCCAGACGUGCCGUGGUCGGUGGGAGCGGGGCUACUGCUGAUGCGGCCCCAAAGCCUGCUCCAUCGAAGAAGAAAAGGCCGGCCACUGACGGCCAGAAAAAGUUGACUGAGGCUGGCGUGAGCGUCUCUAAGAAGACGAAGAGGGCUCCUUCCCCUUCUCCGGCUAGUGAGGCCGGUACUCUUACUGUCCCCAGUGUGGACGAUGGUGGUCCCGUCGUGGACCUUACUGUUGCUGACGAUGCUGCCCCAUCGCUUCCUCUCGUCCAGGAACCACGGACGCAGAGGGCCGGCAAGGAGAUUGCCGGUGCCACCUACCAGAAGGUGGUAGAAUACCCCGUCGGCGGGGGCGUGUUUAAUGAUCUCGUCCCUGGCCACGUCGUCCUGGCCAAGGCCAUGCCGGCCAAAGAUCGGGCUCACUUGAAGAAGCUCGAGGACCCGAAGAUUUAC